GUCAUGCCCCGCGGGGCAGCCGAGACGUAGCCUCCCAGCCCGCUCGGACGCUAGAGCGGCAGCAGCAGGCCGAGGAGGCUGAUCAUGGCCGAGAAGAAGCCGCCCGUGGACCUGGGGCUCCUGGAGGAGGAUGACGAGUUCGAGGAGUUCCCGGCGGAAGACUGGGCUGGUUUAGAUGAAGAUGAAGAUGCACAUGUCUGGGAAGACAAUUGGGAUGAUGACAAUGUAGAAGAUGACUUCUCCAAUCAGUUAAGACUCCAGUCUGAGGUUGGAACAGCAUUCCUCUACCACAAUUCACUGACUAUCCCUGAGCUGAACUAGAAAAACAUGGAUACAAGAUGGAGACCUCAUAGUUUUCAGUGAAGAUGGAAUAAUCUAAAAUUGAACUGUAGAUUGAAUUGUUGAAAAAAGACGACAGGCUGGGACAUGAGAUGAUACAUUCAAUCCAUUAUCAGUUUGCAUUGAUUUAUUUUGGUUUUGUAUAAAUAAUAAAAAUUUUAAUCUAAA